AUGGCCACGUUUGAAAACAACGUCAAUGCUAUUGUUGGAUCUCUUCUAGGUUCAGUGAAGGACAAUUUUGCUUCGAACGCGCUUUUUCAGGGAAGCGAGCGUUUUGGGGAGGUGCGCGAAUUUGAACCAGCAUUUCAGACAGAACUCGGACAUUCUCACAAAUUGGACACAGGUGAAGUUAGCGUGUUUCGUGUUCUUUUUUUCCCCAGGUCCGACGACACAGCGUCCCUCAGUGCACCGGAAGAUCUUUCUGUGCCGCCUGGAAGUGUGGGGCGUCGACAACGUUAUCGCCAUGGCACGCUGCGCCGUCGCCGACCUCAGGGUGACCUGCAAGUGGAACGACCGCAUGCCAGCGAUGAAAAUUGGUUUGCUGGUUUGCGUGGAGGAGCACUUGAAGUGCAGCUUGAAGGCUUGGGCCGAAAACGCUCAGCAGCCGCCGGAGACACUGGAGCGGCACAUGGCAGCCGUGGACCGGUCCGCAAAGUUUCGCGAGUCGCUGGAGGGCCGGUGUGGGGAGCCGGAGGCAAAGAGGGGUGCCCUGGUCGUAGCAAAAGAGCGUCCGCAGCACGCGCAAGAAGAGGUCAUGACCGUUUGAGAGAAGACCAACCAGGACGCGAUUCAGGCGGCGCCGCAGAAAUCAACGACCUGCCUGAUGAGGCUCUCCUUCACAUCUUCUACCAAAUCGACGAUGCAGUCAUUCUGGGGAAGGUCCUCCCCGCCGUUUGUCAGCGGUGGAGGAAACUGGCGUACAAAGCCGAAGAGUGGCGACUCAUUUCGGGAUACGUGAAGACCUUCACGACCUUUCCACCUGAUUGUGUGCCUCUCCACCAUAACUUGUACAUCAAUUUUUUCCUCUGGCCCACUGAACGACGAAUCAUCCCCGACCCCCGCGUUGUCCGUGACUUGGCUCGACUUCUUGCUUAUGAAGAUCUCUCAAUAAUUGAGGACGGUGUGCCACGAUCCCUGCGCCAGGGGUACCUUGAAUCGGUGUGGCGAAGCCGAACCCACCUGAAACGACUGGCCUUGGUAUUGGACAAUACGACAAAGACUGACGCGGGCCAUAAUUCUGUGUAUGUGCUUUCUCGAAUGGCGUGUCUUGAGGAACUGAUAGUUUACCUGGAAGAUGAUUUCAUUUACGAAAGGGGUCGACUGAAGCAAUGUUUUCCCAAUCUAAAGGCGAUCGAGGUGGUCGAGAUGGAGACCAGUCCCAGCAAGCAUGAUUUGAUCAAAGACCUAUUGGUGGAAAGCCUUGUCAGUGUUGAAUUUCAGCCAUGCUUCCCACCGAGACCAGACCUACUAAAGGCACUGGCACAGUGCAAGAAACUGGAGCGCCUGGUCGUUCACUGGGACUAUGCCCUUGUCUUUCUGUGUCUGCCUGAGCUCAAGAACGUUCACAUUCAUUGGCCCUGUGACGAUCCACUUCGGACGCACCAAAUUGAGCAGGCCUUUGUCUCGGUGUACACGUCGACGCUCGAAAUCAUGCAUGUAACAGUGACAUGUGAAAACUGUGAUGGGUUGACAAACGACGUAAGUAAGGCGUGUGAGAAAGGAGCGAGGGCCGUGGAAGCAAUGGGAUUCAAGGGAAGGGUAACAUACCUAGUUCGAAGCGAUGACCGGAACAAAGCGUUUGCAGGAUGAAAAUCCUGCUGGGAGACACGCAGCCUGCAAAUAACACUACCCAGGAAAGGCUCUUCCAACGUGUUUUUUUUCUUUAAAGUAGCCGAUUUCUUCCCGCAGCGUGUCUGCAAGCAUGUUAUAAAAUGCGCGUUAUUCUCUGCAUGUCCAUAACUGACGGUUUUAUUAUUGGCACUUUCUCUGCACGCCGGCUGAGAGAUAGAGUUUCUGGUAUCCCAUCAGAGUGUGUCGUCCUCGGCCAGUGACUGCGUGCCUGUGUGCCACUUUUAUUUCAAGCCCCAGUUUGUAGUUUUGAGAAUUUUUUAAAGGUGCGUGUUCAUAGUACUUCGGCACGCUAGAGACACAGCGCGUUUAGAAAAACGAUCACUGCCGUGUCCUAGCAUGCGGGAGAUUAACGUUAAUGGAACUUUGCCCUUCACUCAUGCUUUUACGAAAAAAAAAUCAGCAAGUUUCGAACUUGGGUCAGAAAAAUUGACAUGCAGGCAGGCACGCAGCCACUGGCCGAGGACGACGCACAUUGAUGGGAUCGAGGAAACUCUAUCUCUCAGCCGGCGUGCAAAGCCCUAGGAAAUCACCCUUAUUUGCAGGCCCUGCACAAGUAGGGAAGGACAGGCCCUUUUAAAAAUUCUAAUUGGGACAUUAACUUUAACGUUCAAUUGAUGUGAUUUGUGUAAUUUCUUUUAGAUUUAAGGGGAGACAUCAAACCAAAAUGAUCAAAAAUUGCAAUUUUUUUUAAUUGGUUUAAAUUAAAGACCAUUCUUUUCUGCGUCAAAUGGUGGAAACCGCAUUCCGAAAUUCAAAAAAAUUUCAGUUUGAGGAGGUUGUGGGCCGCAAACAUGCAUAGGGGAAAAGCCCAGUUUCCCCAACUUUGAUCGCGUUUUUCUCGGAACAUGAAUUUGCAAACGGUUGCAGGCCUCUGGGGCGCAGUUUUAGAGCACAGCGGUGAGAUUUAGCAUGGAAGCUCCCACGACAUGCCGCUAUGGUGGGUAGCAAAAAAAUUGGCAUCGGUCAAUCUUUUUUUUUU